UCCUCCUCCUCCUUUCCUUCCUCCUUUCCCGACAUGGCUGCUCCAGCAGAACUCGGCGGCCUCAGCGACGAAGCAGCCUACGGCGCCUGCUCGGAGCCGGACGCCAGCACGAAGGAUUUUAUGUUGCAGCAGACGAUGUUAAGAGUAAAGGAUCCUAAGAAGUCACUAGAUUUUUAUACGAGAAUUCUUGGAAUGACACUGCUGCAAAAAUUUGACUUUCCCACUAUGAAGUUCUCGCUCUAUUUCCUGGCGUAUGAAGAUAAAAAUGACAUACCGAAAGAUAAAGCUGAGAGAACAGCUUGGACAUUCUCUAGGAAAGCGACACUUGAACUAACGCACAACUGGGGCACUGAAAAUGAUGAAAGUCAGUCUUACCACAAUGGCAAUUCAGAUCCCAGAGGAUUUGGACACAUUGGAAUUGCUGUCCCUGAUGUCAAUAAAGCUUGUAAGAGGUUUGAAGAACUAGGAGUGAAAUUUGUGAAGAAACCUGAUGAUGGUAAAAUGAAAGGACUUGCAUUUGUUCAGGAUCCUGACGGCUACUGGAUUGAAAUUUUGAGUCCUAAACACAUGGUGACUCUCACUUAAUUCUGAUUAAGUAUAUCACAUAUGAGGUGCACGCUUUCAGUCCCUUGGAGAAAAUCUGUAGUUUGUGAAAUUCUCACAUAAUGGAAAGGAAUCGGUUGUGUUCAGUCUCCUCUAAAACUAUUCCCUGGAACCUCGGUGUACUUGAACUGCUCCUUUCUAGUCCUGUGAUGCCACUGCAAUUUGCGUACAAUUAGGAAUCUUAACCAUCUCUUGGAAGGCACUUUACGCAGAUUCUCCUCUUGAACAUUGAUUAUAUAAAUAUUUCACUAAACACUCUCAAAAGAUAUAUGACCAGAAAUUCACUGCAUCUCACACUGUUUAACUAACAACAACAACAGCAAAAAAUCCCAUGUUGCUACUGAUGAGCUUCAACAAGGAGGAAAAAAAACCCCAAAACUUCAGAAUACUUUUUUAUGAAGUUAAAAGUUCCUGAAGGCUCAUGCCUGUCUUGUAUGCCAGAAAAUAAAAAUGUCAGACUAACUUGGACUUGAAUAGUAAGCAUGCUUAUGAAACUCCUAAUCUUACUUAUGCCAAGCAAAACUCUUUAAGAAGCAUCCUUAAACAGCCUUGCCUGGAACAAACUGUGGAGGCAAUAAAACAAUGCAGCAGAAAGAAUUCAGUCUCCCAGCUUCUGCCUGAAAUGAUUGACAGGCAAUGUAAGAGGUCUCAGAGUUGCUAACUUGCAAUAGUCCUUUUUGUCUCUUCCAGCACUAGAAAGAACUUGCUCAAUUUUUGUUUCAAUAAAAAUUUCGCUACAUUUAACUUUAGUGCUCUGUAUGUUCUGCAUUAGGUCUUUAAUGAAAAAGAGUAUCUGAAACAUAAGUUUCCUGUUGGUACAUGUUUUAUCUGCCCUCUCAGAUUAUGUGACAGUUACUGAAAUUAUGCUUUUAAAUAGCAAUGAAAACAGGUAACAUGUUACACUAAUUAUUUGAUUUUACACUGUUCUACUUUAUGAGUAGUGUAGAACAUGUUUGAUUUUGAAAUCUAGUUGUUCCUUCUAACUAGGAAAAAACCCUCUGCCCUGCCUUACUGUGGUUCAGGUAGCACUCCAACUAAGUUUUCAGUUAUGUGACUAUUGAGUAGUGUAAUGGCUUGCAGUUUCACUUCCAAAUAAAUCACUGGUAAAAAACCACAAAAUGAUUUUAAAAGCAAUAUGACCUGUUUGCUUUGCUGAUUGUUGAAUCCUAGAUAACCAGAAGGCUGUUUGUUUUGGCUCAAGAUUGUUGGUUUUGGUUUGGUUUUUUUGAGAAAGAAAUCUGGUGAUAAAAGAAUAUGAAUUGGGAAUCCAGUAGUGAAGAAGGUAACUGUGUGACUUGAUUAACAGGAUGUUUUAGUAACUUGAUGUGCAAAGUUAGUAACUGUCAAUAACUUCCUGGCUUAUAAAUUAAAACAGAAAUGUGGAAAGUAUUGCAUUUAAUUUCUACUAUGUAAUGAAGAUGCUAAUGACUUAAAUGCUAAGUGUUUCUGUUGCAUCUCCUUAUCUGAAAAAUUCUUAAUUCUGUCUGCCUCAUCUUAACAACAUAGCAUAUCUAAACUCCAUAAUUUUAAAGAGCUCCACAUGAGAAAUAAUUAAACUUAAUCCAUGUCUUUUUUUAUCCUUGGAAAUGAGCAGCAGAUUAUAUGGUUUGUGGGAGCAAUGCCAAGUAUAUUGAAAAUUAAUUGGGACUAAGAUAAAGCAUGAAGCUGGUACCAGGCCUAUUAGAAUAAACAUUAUUAAAAAGACAUCCUUCAUUGCCACAAUGCUUCAUCUGAGCCUUAGGUCUUGGAAAAAGGAAUGUAAAAACUAUUGCUUUGUUUAAUACUCCCUGUGGAUGUGCAAGCAAUCAUAAAUUCAUUGAAAGGUAGACAUAAUAACUCAUAAUACUUUUUUUUUUUCUAGUUUUGUGUUUGUUAUAUGAAGCAACCCUAAUACUUUAAGUUGUCAUUAGCAAGAUAUUUUCUGUCUGGCAUCUACAGAUACUUUGCUUUACACGGUGCAUUAUCAGUAUCAUUCAUAUAUACAACAGAUUCUUUCCCUUCUUAAUAUUUGCCAAGUGGCCUUAUUUUCUGCAAGAAUAAACCAUGAAUUCAUGGUUGCA